AUGGCUCUGCUGCCACGUGUGACCGCACUUGCUGCUGCCCUGACCUUCCUCAUCACCAGAUAUACCACUUAUUCACUUACACCCUUCGCCACCUUCCCCCUGCUCUUCUCCAUCUUAUUUCUUCUCUAUCAGCUGUACUCGAUCUUGGUAUGGCCCCACUACAUCAGCACCCUACGCCAUCUACCCCAGGCCCCGAACGCUCAUUGGUUCUGGGGUCAAACCAAGAGGGUCCUCGCAGAACCAUCGGGAAGACCGAUGCGAGACUGGGUUCAAAAUGUCCCGAACCAGGGCCUGAUUACAUACUCGGUCUGGUUCCAACAACGAGUUCUCAUCACCACUCCUGCAGCACUGGGCGAGGUCCUCGUGACGAAGAACUAUGACUUUGUCAAACCAUGGCACUUCCGCAAUGGUCUCGGCCGAAUCCUGGGCAUCGGAGUCUUGCUCGCAGAAGGCGAGGAGCACAAAAUCCAAAGGAAGAACUUGGCGCCCGCGUUUGCCUUUGGCCAUUUGAAAAGAAAUAUUGUGCCGAUCUUCUGGAGCAAAGCCCAAGAGCUCGUGGACUGCCUUGCGAAUGUAUCGACCGCAGCUGUCGAUAAGAAGCAUGUGUCGGACACGGAUAACACGAAUCUCGAAAACGCUGCUGCCGAACAUGUUCACGGCGCUGUGGAUGUUGGCAACUGGACUUCACGCGCGACACUCGACAUUAUCGGCUUGAGUGGGAUGGGUCAAGACUUCAAUGCCCUCCAGGAUCCCGACAAUAAGCUGCAUCAGACAUAUAAGCUUAUCUUUAACCCCGGGAAAGCUGGAAGGAUGUUGCAGGUAUUGGCCAUUUUUCUCCCUAGCUGGCUAACGAGGAACCUCCCGAUCAAGCGGAAUCAAGAGCUCAACGCCGCAUCCGCAUACAUCAAACAAGUCUGUCGCGAUCUCAUUGCCAAGAAGCGAACCGUGUUGGCUGAGAAAGGCGUGGAAGACGUCGACAUCCUCUCUGUUGCACUGGGAUCAGGAGGAUUUCAGGAUCAUGAGCUCGUGAAUCAAAUGAUGACAUUUCUCAUAGCAGGACAUGAAACCACUGCCACCGCCAUGAUCUGGUCCCUCUACCUCCUCUGCAAACACAAAUCCAUCCAAACCACCCUCCGCGCCGAAAUCCGCUCUCGAAUCCCCUCCCUAUCCAGCCCCAUCACGGCCGCCCAAAUCGACUCCUGCGACUACCUCCAAGCCUUUUGCACCGAAGUCCUCCGCCUCUGGCCACCCGUCAGUUUGACUUUGCGCGUCGCCGAUCGCGACACGUCCAUUCAAGGGCAAUUUAUCCCGCGAGGAACGACGAUUAUUCUCGCUCCGGCGGCGAUUAAUACUUGUACGCAUUUGUGGGGCAAGGACGCGUUGGAGUUUCGGCCGGAGAGGUGGUUGAAGAGUAAUAAGAGUCAGAGUGGUAAUGGUGGUGAAGAAGGAAAAAGAGGGGGAGCGGAUUCGAAUUAUUCGUUUUUGACGUUUUUGCAUGGUCCGAGAUCAUGUAUUGGACAGAAAUUUUCACAAUAUGAACUUGCUUGUUUGUUGGCUGCUUGGGUCGGAAGAUAUGACACUUCAUUUGAAAAAGGAAGUCCUCUUGCUCAUGGUGAACCGGAAAUUAAGGGUGGAAUUACUGCGAAACCCAAAGGAGGGUUGUGGACGACACUUGAGGAAGUUCCUGGGUGGUGA